UUCGUGAUUGUAACUUGAGACUGAUUGCAUAACCUAUAAUACCGUUGACGUAUACUCAACAAUUUGUUAAUACGACUUAGGGCCUGAGCAGAAAGAUUGUCAAACCGUUUACGAUUCUGACGUAAGGUUUGGUCCACAAUAAGUUGUUAGUUGUUAGUCAGAAGUCGCAAUUUUAUCCUUGUCGCAAGUUUAUCCUUUUCCUAUUUGGGUGGAAGAAAAAGGAUCAACAUAUAGUUCUGACCUCUGACUAACGACUCAUUGUAGACCAGGCCUGAGACAAAGAUAUUAAACGUAAAACAUUGUUCUAAGAGUUGUCAUUCUGCUCAGGCCCUAACAACUCUUUGUAGACCGGGCCAAACGCAUACGACAAUCAACUCGGGCCGUGAAGCUAGACGCUUGAAUUACCAAGCGCGAUUAUGAUCAGACAAAGUAUCUGUCUGCGUGAAGAGGCGACAUCCGCCAUAUUUAACUUUCAGAGCCUGCUGACUGUAAUAUUGUUGCUGAUAUGCACUUGUACCUAUAUCAGAUCACUGAUGCCGAACUUGUUUGACAAGCGACUGGGAAAGGUUGGUUUUCAGGGUACUUUUUGGAAAUGUGCUAGGAUUGGUGAAAGGAAAAGCCCCUAUGUGGCUUUUUGUUGCGUCUGUAUGGCCUUUAGCAAUUUAUUUUGGUCGUAACAUUCCUGCGUAGGUCAAUUUUGACCAAUUGCAUUUGGUGUGUAUUCCAAAAUUACAUUUUAAUAUAGAUUUAUGUACCUAAGGUCCGAGAUGUGAGAAAAAUAAAAAGCCGUUUUGAUAGA